AUGAAGCUCUCCAUUCGACUUGUGCUCGUCGCUACAGCCGCAAUUGUGCCGAGUCGCGGCACAGGAUGUCCAUUCGCCUGCACACGUCUCCUAGUUCCUGUCUGCGGCUCCGACGGGAGAACGUACGCGAGCCAAUGCCAACUGGAAUCCAUGAACUGCAACAGUCUGGUGGAAGUCACGGUCAAGUUCAAAGGCGUGUGCAAGGAUGAAGAACUCGAGUCGCUUACACGACGGCUUUCAGAGACACCUCAUGAGAAAAGCGGAGUGCCGAUUUCGUUGCCCGCAGUCUGCGGCAAAGCGUGUCCCUACAACUUUGCUCCCGUGUGUGGAUCAGACGGCAUCACGUACGGUAACGGCUGUCUGCUUGAAAUCGCCCAAUGCGAAAGCGGAGGUACCGUCACGCAGACGUCGGAAGGACAGUGCCCCGAUCCCUCCCCUUCUUCUGGUCCAAGCGAUACCUUCAGUGACUACCCGGACUUGUGCGCCGAGACGUUCGAGCCCGUAUGUGGCUCGGACGGUGUCACGCACAACAACAGUUGCCUGCUGCGCGCUAUCGCAUCGUACGUUCCCAGCCUCACUUUGGCGUACGAAGGAGCUUGCAAGACUGUUGAAGGGAGCUCGGCAGCGAACGAGACGACGACGGACUCAGGCAAAGACGUGGCAUCCUGCCCGGAUGUUUGUCCCGCCGUGUUUGACCCUGUGUGUGGAUCAGACGACAUCACGUACGGCAGCGAGUGUAAGCUGGAAGUCGCAAGCUGUAACAAUCCGGAUCUACACCUAACGAAAGUGUCCAACGGCGCCUGCCCGAACGAACAGCCUCAUCAGAACUGCUGA